AGAGUAUAGGGGCUCAGUCAACGCCGAGCGUUGUUCGGGGACGGAAUCGCCAGCGACCAGCGGAUGCCACGAAAAUAUAACAAACGAGCAAAAGCCACCGCGAACUAACCGAAAGCGGGCAAAUAAAUGGAAAAAGCGCACACAAAUUAGCGCUAUGUAAAAAGUACAAUAAAAAAACUCUCCGAAAAUUGGACAAGUGUCGCCGGCGGUUGGGCAAUAAAAUACUAACCCCGCAACGUCACAAAUGCCGCGAUGACGUCGCCAAUUAGUGCGGCGGUGCAGCGGCGGCGGCAGCUGCUGUGCAGGGUUGAAAGUUUGCGCGGUCGGGUCCGUCAAGUGCUAAAAUGUGUUAUUAAUUUGCAUAUCGAGUUUUUGGUGCUAGAAUCCGAUGUGGCCGCUCUGCUGGAUGAGGUGCGUGAGUUUAACGACGACUGCGAGGAGAUGCGCCGCCUGGACGCCAUGAUCGAGGCUCUGAGGGACUACAGCGGACCCACGGUAUGCCACGAGUGGCCCUAUCCGCUCAUCUUUAAAGGAACAAUCGACGAGGCACACGUAGCACAAAUUUUGAAUGCCAGUGACCUGGAACUGGACCCAGACCUUGGCCUGGAAAAAGUGUCUCAACGGAAGGAUGCUACCCAUAAACGAUCAAGAUUGCUGAGAGUCGCCAGGAGAAGCCACAGAAAACAAACGGAUCGAUCAAAUGAUCUCCAAUCACCCGAUUAAUUUUCUCUCUAAAGUCUAGUCCAUUAAGACAUUUAAGAAACCAGCCCAGAACAACCACUUUCAGUUCAACGAAUAAAAUAUUGAGUUUGGUAAUGUGCCUAGAAAAAAAACAUAAAAAAAUCACAUACCAUAGCAUAUAUCAAAUAAAGACUGUUAAUAAAUACCAUAUUUAUCUUGAUCACAAAA